AUGGCGCGGAAAACUUGCGUGAUCUGCGCGACCAGGGAGGCCGAGGCUUGCACAAAGUGUGGGAGCUAUUGCUACUGCUCCACGGAGUGUAAACGCCAGGACGAGGCAUCCCACGAGCUACUCUGUGGCCAGUCCCGGGCCCUGUGCGAUCGACCUUCGAAGAACCAACAUUUCCGCGCUAUCUUCUUCCCUAAGGACUCCCCCAAUCCUAAAUUCAUUUGGUUCGAUCCCUCGCAAAGCUUCGGACCUGGCAAAACCUUCCCCGACAAAAUCACAAUAAGGGACAACAAGAGACGACAGGUCACUCUUCCCUCCCUAGUGGCUCUGUUGUACACAGCUCAAGGCGGUUCUGGUACGAACUUCGGUUCUGAUACGAACUUGAGCGUCGUCAGGGCCGUUGACAACACGGGUUUUCUAUUCUCUGCAUGGCCAGGCCCCUGCCUCACCAUGGGUUGGGAUGAGCGCCCCAAUCCCCUUCGCAGUGACGAGGGGGAGUGGCGCCAUGUGGAUCUCGCAGAUUACCGACACGUCCUGGACUUUUUCUGCUAUCACGGUCGUCAGUCCAUAGGCUUCGCCCGACCUUUAGGUUUUGGCGAUAGCCCGCAGAAGAAGGCGGGAGAGGUGGUGGAGUGCCAGAUCAGCUGCCUUGGUCAGAUGAAAGAAGGGACAAACAGAGUGGUUUCGAUGGCCGUCUCAAAGUCAGUCUGGGAAGGCGCUCCGUCCGGCCCACUCCUGUUCGUUGACUCGCCUAUCUCGUUGAUACUUGGCAUGCCCCUCAAGCUGGCCAGAUAUCCCAAGCCAGAGAUGUGGGAUCAUGUGGUCAAUUGGGAAUUCGUUACUCUUGGCCAGGAACCUGUGGGCGCGCCGAACAACAAUGGGACGGCGGCAUCCAUGUUGAUGGAGAUGGAUGGUGCCAGAAAGCAUGACUGGGGUCGUGUACCGCAAACGAAACGGCAGCAUGCCAUCGGGAAUGUGCUGAAGUUGGUCCAGCCCAAAGCCAUGCACGCUUUGCAGGGAGGUUGGGGCGGGUUCGCGACCCAGCGACUCAGAAAGAAGAAGGUUCUUGCUUACAUCACCCGCGAGAACAUGGAGGCUUGUCGAGCAGACAUGGACGCGGACCCAGAGUGGAAGGCGUGA